CAUGGCCACACCGUACCACAGCAAAUUAAACUCAAAACCAAAACUUGGAAAGAUCAGAUGAAGGAGGGGAUGAAGGUGUGGGGUUUACUGAUUCUCAUGGCUCCUGUGAUUGCAGCAAGAGGUGGUGCAGAUGACAGCAGUUUAGUGUGCAGGAUAGCUCUGAACCUGCUGUCACCCUGCAAAGAUUUCUUGGUGAAUGUUGAGGAGGAGACAAUCCCAGAAACAUGCUGCGUAGGUUGUCUGGUGCUGGAGAAGAUUGUGAGGAAUCUGAAGAACAGGAGGAAGCUGAAGAUUGGUCUGUGCAAGUGCCUGCAGAGAGAUGGGAGUUUCAGUGGAGCUGAUGAAGAUAAAGCGUUUCAGGUUAUUGGCACCUGUAAUGUCACCUAUGCGCCUAUACUUACAGGCCCCGAUGUGGAUUGUACCAAAAUAUUCUAAAGCUGAGGAUUAAUGAAGUAUCAAGAGAUGCCCUAAUUUGAAGGAUGGGGAUUGUGACCGCAAAAUAGUAGUUGUAAUGUUUAAGUUGAAGUGUAGUAGAAAUUUGCAUUAAUAAAUGUAUCUGUUUCUCUUUUAUUUAA